ACUGAAAUACUUCAAAAAAUUGUUUCGGAAAAAAUUCCAUUUUCGACGAAUAAAGGAGAGAAUCUGUCUAAGCAACGCAAAGAUCUAGUCAGAUAUUAGAAGAUAUAGUGCGUGGGUACAAACUAGUUAAAAAUUCAGUUAAAAUACGAGCCCCAAUUGAAAAAUGUCUGAAGAAAAGGAAAACUCCGUUGAGGAAGAACAGGAAAGCUCAAAACAGGAAAGCCAAUCAGAUACUGAAACGUUUCCAGCAACGUCACCUUACAAAUCGGAAAAUAUGUCGACCGACACCAAACAGCGAAUCCAGGUUCCCGAGGCGUUGAGGGAAGUACUCUUGGAGUUCUCCAUAGCAUAUCUGCUGGAACAGCCCGGCGACGUAGUGGAUUAUGCAGUACAGUACUUCAAUAAAUUGCAAUCAAAUCGCCAGGCAGCAGCAAAUUUCUAUCGCGCGGAAUCGCCAGAGAGCAGUAUCAUAUCACAAGAAGAAGAGCCAGUUCGGCGCUUCACCACGCGCCGCAAAUCCGUCUUUGCCGAAGCCUAUGAUCCAGAAAAUGAUGCCGAUGAUGACGAGGCCGAACGCAAGGUCUAUCCAAAAUCCGAUGAGCAGCGCGCCCGUCUAACCGAAUCGGUCAGGAACGUAUUGUUAUUCCGUUCACUGGACGACGAACAGAUGAAUCAAGUAUUGGACGCCAUGUUCGAGAAGCGAGUGCAGCCAGAUGAAUUCAUCAUACGCCAGGGUGAUGAUGGUGAUAAUUUUUAUGUUAUUGAGUCCGGAGUCUACAAAGUUAUUUGUAAUGGGGAGCACAUCUCCACUUAUGACAAUAGCGGAAUAUUUGGUGAAUUGGCGCUGCUCUACAAUGUACCCAGAGCCGCCUCCAUACAGGCAGUCACAGAGGGUCUACUUUGGGCUAUGGAUCGUCAAACGUUCCGUCGCAUUCUAUUAAAAUCUGCUUUCAAAAAGCGAAAAAUGUACGAGACACUAUUGGAUAGCGUACCAAUGUUGAAAGCGUUGAAGUCCUAUGAACGCAUGAAUUUGGCCGAUGCUCUCGUUACUAAACACUUCUCUCACGCUGACAGAAUCAUCAAACAAGGUGACGCCGCCGAUGGUAUGUACUUCAUAGAGGAUGGCAAUGUUGUGGUGAAAAUGGACCAGGAUGGCAAGGAAAUUGAAAUCUCACGACUAGGUAAAGGUCAAUAUUUCGGAGAGUUGGCUUUGGUUACACACCGGCCACGCGCUGCUUCCGUCUAUGCCGAAGGAGAUAUUAAAGUUGCAUUUUUGGAGGUGCGAGCAUUCGAGCGUUUGCUGGGUCCUUGCAUGGAGAUCAUGAAACGCAACAUUGAUGACUACGAGACGCAGCUGAUUAAAAUAUUUGGAACCAAAAACAACAUAAGCGAUACACGAUAAAAAGUCUGAGUCACAAAAAACAAAAAAACAAAGUAAACACACACACACUUGCACAAGAGAAGAAAACAAAAACUUAGAAAUCAUCAAGAGAUAUACAUACAUGGAUAUAUACAUACAUACAAAAAUCAUUAAAAUUCAACUGAAACUGCAAAUUGAAGCAAAUGCCAUUAGUAAUGAGUAAAAAUAGAGAAACAGUAGCAGCAGCAGCAGCAGCGACAACAAACAAACACCCAAGAGAACCAGUAAAACCAACAGCACUAAAAAACGCCGUUUUAGUCAUUAGAUGAGAGGAUGAGAAAAUCAUUUAGCAAAAACAAAGAAAAACACAACAAAAAACUAAGUGCAGAAAGUCGCACGAGCCGAAGCAGGAACUACAGCUAAGAACUACAACUACAGCAACAACCACAACCACAAAAACAAUAAGUGAAAAAGCACCGCCAAUGCUGUGCGCAAAAUAGACAAAAAACACACAUACAUAAAUAUUUAUUAGCAUACAUGCAUGCAUAUGUAUGUAUGUAUAUGUGUGUGUAUGUAUGUAUGUUUGAACUUACAUUAUUGAAUUUUAAGCACAAAAACAUUAUGUAUAAUUUAAAAAAAGAGAAGUAUGUAUGUAUGUAUAUGCAUUAUUGCCAUAAAAGCAAACUGCGACCAAUGCUGUGAAUAAGUUUAAACGCACUCAGACACACACACACACACAAGCGUGCGCCCACUUGCAUUCAUUAACAUAAGCAAACUUUUUAAUUCGAAAAAAAAUUGGUAGCGGGUGUGAUUCAUGCACUUUAAAAACUUUUUCCUUGCUUAAUUUUGUUUUUAUGCUUCUAUGUAGUUAUACUUAAUUUAGAUACGAGUAGGCAUAAAGUGUGAGGAAGCUAGGAUGCUGAAAGAAGCCGGUGCUAAAUGCACGCGCACAUACCUACACAUACAUACAUAAAUAAAGGCUUAAUUAGCAAACAAAAAAAUAACAAAAAAAUUAAAUUAUAAAUAAAAAUAAACACAAAAAAUAAAACGAAAUCAGCACAGUGAGUCGUUGAGGCAAAUAAACCUUAAAUAAGAUGUAAUAAAAAUAUAAAUAAAAACAAAAACAAAAUAUAUUAAUUAGUGUAAUUGAAAGUUUCAGCGAUGCAGGCCAUUAAGCGAUUGUUAUUGAGCGAACACAAAAGUUGCUAUUUUAAUUUAAAAAACGUCAUUUUUUAUCAACUUAUUUGCGCCAGUUAUAAAAUUAACUACAUUUUUUUUUGUAAAACAUACUUAACCAAAAACAAAAAAUAAUAAAAAAAAUGUGGACAUUGAUAGCUUGUGAAAACGCAUAAGCCACACAGUUCAUUUGAAAUGAGCAGUCAAAUCGCUAGAUUUUGUGAGAAAAGUGUAUGUAAUGCAGCAAGCCAACAACAACUGCGAUAGCCUACAUUUAGAUGCUGCGUUUGCGUUGCAAAUUUGAAUGAGAAAAUAAUAAUUAAAAAAACAUUUUUUUUCUCAUACAUUUUUAUUACUUCAACUACUUGGUUUCAAAGUUUGGCAAGCCACGCAUGAGUAGUCAAGUCAAGUUUUAUCAAGUCAUGUAAAGUUAUGUGCAGCAUUAUUCUCGAUUUAUAGACACUUUAAAGAAAUAAUAAGAUCUUAUUUAAUAAGCCAUAAGCCAUGAAAAUUAAAUAGAAUUCAAAGAAAACAAACAGAAAAAGAAAAACAAACAUUGAUGCGUAAAAUACAUAAAACACAUGCAUACAUACAUAAGGAAUAUGCCAUUUGUACCGUUGCAUUCUUGUGAGCAAAAAGUACACAUUCAUAUAUAUUUAUUUGGCCAGUGUGCGCAUAGCCACAAGCAAACCUAAGCGUGUAAAACCAAAAAUCUACAAACAAAACUUAAAAAACAAAAACAACAAAACCACAAAAAGAGAAAAUAAAAUAAAAUGCAAAUGAAACUAUCAUUGGAAAAUGCAUGCAUUCAAUGGAAAAUAUUUCACAACUAUGCUGACUUAUUUAUUUACAUAUGUGUUUAUUAAAUUUAGAGUAAGCAAAAGAGAAAAUUUUGAUUUAAAAUACAAAAAUAAUUGUCUACCUAA